UACACUUCUACUACGUACUUUUGCUUUCCUAUUAGCUUUACGAGUGCGAUGCGAUCAACUUUUAUUCUUUACCUUAUUGCUAAGGCAGAGUAGAACCGUGUCUCUCGCCGUUCUCUUUUGAAUCAGUUUGGGCAUCGAAAUUCGAAAGGAAACUUCGUUUCAGAUUCCAGUCUCAUACUUCGUUGCCUUUAUAGUUUUCUUCUAUAAAAACCACCUUAAGCCUCAAAACUUAUUCCAGUCGUUCUCAAAUAUUUUAGUUAAGCAGAAGGAGAGAUUUGUUUUUGUUGUGAAGAAAAAAUGAGUAAUUACUACCCCCAGCAACAGCCUCCAGUUGGUGUUCCUCCUCCUCAAGGUUAUCCAAAGGAUGCUUAUCCUCCAACAGGAUACCCUGUGCAAGGCUAUCCUCCACCUGGGUACCCGCCACAACAAGGGUAUAAUCAGUACUCACAGCCUCCUAGGCAAGAUCAGUCUAGUUGUCUUGAAGGAUGUUUAGCAGCACUCUGUUGUUGCUGCCUUUUGGAUGCUUGCUUCUGAGGAGGACCUUCAGCUACGCAGCCAUGGUCAUUCAUCUAUGACGUCUCUUAUUUGUUAGAGUGGAUUCAUGUUUAGGAAAAGUACUUUCGUCUAAUGUCUGAGUUGAUAUUUUAUUUGGAUAUGUAUAAACACUAAUUAAAGAUUUUAUAAUAAGUAAUUACUUUUGUGAUAAA